CUCUAUUUCCUGCUCUUCCUUACUCGUACUUUUCCAAACCCUCAUAGACCAUGUCUUCAACACCCUCAUCCGCGUCGUCGACCGACGAAGCUCAACAACCCCCCGAUCACACCCAGUACCGGUUGCGCGUGACCGCAGGCCCAGCACACGACCCAUCAACACACAAGCUCGUCCCUGUCAAUGCCUCGGAAACACUUACCUUUGAGAAUGCACAUAUGAGUCUAUCUCUUGCCGUCCGGAUACGACAUUUUACGGGCUAUCCGAAUGACUCGCCAGUUACAUCUCCCUACUUUGACCAUGCCCUGCACAAGGCCGACCAGUACUCCAUAUCUUUCUCCUUCGUACCGAAAGUGGCUAUACCAGGCAGCGACCUCGUCUUUGGCAAUGACUUUGACCGACCUAUACGGGACAGACUACCUCCGGGAUUCAACCAGGCACUCAAGAUCGUCAAGUGGUGGAUCGACCCGGGUUUAGAUGGAGACGUCUACGCGGAAAAGCCAUACCUUUUCGGCCCUGCACUGAGCAGUUGGAACAUUCUGCGGAUAGGAGACAAGGUCGUGGAACAAGAUAACUCACAAGGCAAGUCUGCGUGGAAAGUACCGGAUGCAACAUCCUUUCACGAGACGGUCGUCGAGGAGGGAGGCGAAGGCUCGGGCGAAGAAGUUCGAAAAGAGUCAGGAAUACCAGCCGAUUCGGCAGCGCGAAAGAAGUACUUCCUGACCCCGUCGAACCGAGAUGCUUUCGUCUUCGAAGCUGGACGGCUGUACCAGUCCGACUUUGGGAACCCCUAUCUCGACUUCAACGACUUUUCUCUGAAACUGCCAGGGUUCAGCUUGAACGUGAUCAAAUACGUCGACUCGAGGACUCAUGAGCUCCGGUAUACCUUGAAGAACAAGGCUACCGACGAGAUCUACGCGGUUGUAUUGUUCACGUUGCUGUUCGGCGAGGAAUUGGAGCGGGUAAAGAGGGAACAGGGCGCGGCGAACGUGGAUGGACACGGUCCGAACGACUUCAAAGAUGCGGAUCAAGAUGUACCUAAUGAUGACGAUGAUGUUGAUUGAUGUGGGAAUUGGGAAAGCGCAUCUGAAACAAGCGUGGCGCUGGCAAGGUUGGGCAAUAAGGAGUACGUUUGAUAAACAUUGAGCGCACGAAGAAUAUACCGAGAUACCAUAGAAUACAGGCUGCAUAAAUGGACAUGAUAUGAUACCUCUUGA